CGCUGGGAUCAGCGCGUGCGAGAAAGGCGGGCAGUGGCAGCGGGCGUUGGCGCUGCUGAGCGAGAUGCGCGAGGCGACGCUGACGCCCAACAUCUUCAGUUACAACGCUGGGAUCAGCGCGUGCGAGAAGGGCGAGCAGUGGCAGUGGGCGCUGGCGCUGCUGAGAGAGAUGUGGGAG